AUGAUUACUUGUCAUUUCAGUGGAAACUAACAGGAUGAACUGAAAUUCACAGCAUAUUUCAACACCGCUUCUCACUUAUGAAGAUUGCCGUUGGAUUAUCGAACAUAACAUAAUUUUGGGACUGUGCUUUUUACACUUUACAGAGAGCCUGCGGCCUACUAGCUACGUUCUGCCUUAAGAACUAAAUUUAGCACAGAGUUACUAACUCUCUAGUAGUUACUUAACCUCUACUGUGGACUUUACUUUCCAGUUUUAGUAAGAACUUGAGAACAGCUGGUGCAACCCAACUCUGAACGCCUUCAGCAAUGAUCCGAACAUCAGCGUCUGAUCUCACUGAUGCUCUUCAAAUCCUGCAUCCGUGUUCAAGAUCUAGUGAAAGCUCUUCCCAGAAGAGUGAAGCUGUUCUAGCAGAAGUCAACAACGCUACGGCUCGAGUGAUGACCAAUAAGAAGAUGGUUAGCCCGUAUACUAACGGAGAAGGUCUCAGCACGCUGCCCUACGCGGGGUGGAAGUUGAGUCAUAUGAUGAACGCGAUGUACGCACCGGAGCUCUACGCAGUUCCAGGGUUUCCGUAUCCCACCGCCGCAUCCACCGCCGCCGCUGCAGCCGCCAGCCUCAGAGGAGCGCAUCACCUGCGGGGUCGAGGCCGGCCCGUCUACGGAGCGGUGCGCGCCGCGGUUCCUCAGCCAACCAUACAGGCCUACCCAGGUGUGGUGUACCAGGAUGGGUUUUAUGGAGCUACAGAACUGUAUAGCGGCUAUACCGCGUAUCGCUACACCCAGCCGACGGCGGUAGCGAGUCCCACAGCAGCGGCGGCAGCAGCAUACAGCGACAGCUACGGUCGCAUGUACACAGCAGAUCCGUAUGCGGCUGCGCUAGCGGCUUCUCCGGCGGCGGCGGCGGCGGCAGCAGCGUAUGGAGUCGGCGCGAUGGCCACUCUCUACAGAGGAGGAUACAACCGGUUCUCGCCAUAUUAAUACACUUCCAGAUUCGCGGUCUCUUGAAACUUCACCAACGGCUGCUGACCUCGGAGGGAAAAAUCCAAUCACACUCUUGGACACAAAAA